AUGGCACCCCUGACUGCUUCCACAACUUCAUGGCGACAAUGGCUUCAAAUGUCGGGCACCUCACAAAAGAGGAAGAAUGAUAACGCAGAGGAGGUUUUUGAUCCAAAGGUUCAUCUGGCAUAUACUCCUCCAACCACCAAGCUUACGUUCGAAGAUUUGAGACUACCGCGUAGUCCGACCUCAACCGAGGUUGCGGCCACUGUACCUUUCCCGCUGCUCUCACCGAGAGGAAUACGGGCGUAUCGGCGGGCGUUGUUUGCCUCUGAAGUCGUCGAAAAGUGCUCGGCAUCGCCGUUUCCGGGCACUUUGACGCUGCGGAAUGCAUCAGCACAUUCACGUUUUAUCAGAGACUUCUGGAACCAUCCGGAGACGUUGCGAGCGGUCUCGGAUGCAGCAGGUGUGCCAUUGUCCAUCGUGAUGCCGACGGAGAUUGCACACACGAAUAUCCAGGCUAGUGGGACGAAUGUUGCCAACAUGAUGGAGGCUCUGGAAGUGGAACCAAGCAAUGAGAAGAUACCGCUGACAGAUGAAGAACGAGCCUAUGACCCACUGAAAGCCUCGUCCAUCAUUCCCUGGCACUAUGACUCCUAUCCCUACGUAUGUGUGGUCAUGUUGAGUGACACUGACGGCAUGGUCGGUGGUCAGACUUUCAUUGAGAGAGGCGAUGGUAUGGCGCAGGAAGUGAAAGGUCCGAGCCUCGGCUAUGGCGUUAUACUGCAGGGCGGCGAGGUGAAGCAUCUGGCAGCAAGGGCACUGGGCGUCAAGGAGCGCAUAUCUACAAUCACUUCAUUCACUGCUGAUGUGCCUGGCGUGUACGACUCAAGCUAUAUCACAAACUUGCGCUGCUAUACCGAGCCUAACGUACUCUACAAGCAAUGGACGCAGUUCCGUCUCCAGAAAAUGCAGACGGAGAUCUGCAUGAUGCAGGCACAGAUCUCUAAAGCCGACGGUCCGCUGGAUGUUGAGAAAGUCCACCGCUUUGUUGAGUGUCAGACGGAAUAUCUCAAACGAACGGCGCACCAGCUCAUCCAACGCGAGCAGGUGGACGAGAGUCUCGCCAAGUACGGCCGUCGUAACAUCCAUGAGGCCUCCAACAUAUUCCACAAAGCUACCGCACUGGAUGACUUCACACAGCUAGCCAUGAUGGUGACACGAGAAAAAUGGCUGCCUCACAGCUCACUUUGGGCCGACCUUGCGGAGUCGAGGCUCAAGAUCGGUGCAAAGAAGUAUCUGCCAUCGCAGCAGACCGGGCAGCUGAGAUGGAAAGGGACACGAGAGUAUACAAUGGGAGACGAGCUUUCGCGGCAGGGCUUGCCAGAACUCCUGCUAUCGUGGAUGGAUGCUGCAGGACUGUACGACAAAGUGAGUCAAGACAGGCAGUGA